AUGUCGCAGCCGUUUGAACAUUCGCCAUCACACGAGCAGUAUCCAAACAAUAUCGAUAUCAACAAUCACAACAAAGAUACUUUCCAACUGGUAAAAUCAGCAGAAUUAGUUGGUAAUGAAAGUACAUCGCUGCAAUACAACACCACCAGCUCGGCCCUGUCAGUGGAUGAUCGUGGUUUAAAACACGGUUUGAAGGAGCGUCAUUUGUCAUUGAUGGCGCUCGCGGGUAUCAUUGGACCUGGUAUUCUUGUUGGUGCUUCAAGUGCAUUGGCAGAGGGCCCUGCGGCUAUCUUGAUUGGAUUUGCUGCAAUUGGAGUCAUUGCAUUCAUUAUGAUGCAGUCAUUGGGUGAAUUGGCCACGUUGUAUCCAUCUGGUGGUGCUUUUUCAACGUUGGGUAUCAAGUUUGUUGAUUUCGGGUGGGGUGCCAGUGUCGGUUGGAUGUAUGUAAUUAUUUGGAUUGCAGUGUUGAGUAAUGAGUACAACUCGGUUGCCAGUAUAUUACAAUUUUGGGGUCCACAAGUGCCGCUUUAUGCAUAUGUGUUGAUUUUAUGGCUUCCGUUUUUGUUGUUUCAGUUCUUGGGUGUCGCCAUUUUUGGGGAAGUUGAGUUUUGGUUGGCAUUGUUCAAGAUUUUGGGAUUGGUGGCGUUUUACAUAUUUUCUAUUGUAUACGCCGCUGGUGGUAUAAAGGGACACAAGGCUUUUGGUUUCCAUUACUGGAAUGACCCAGGUGCUUUUGCCCACGGAUUCAAGUCAGUUGCUAGUUGUUUCACUUUUGCCAGUACAUUCUACAGUGGUACCGAGAUUGUUGCUGUUUGUGCUGCUGAGACUAGAAACCCAAGUAGAGCCGUUCCAAAUGCUAUUAGACAAACAUUUUGGCGUAUUUUGUUGGUGUACAUGGGUAUUGCUAUAUUCUAUGGUAUGACUGUUCCUUACAACGAUGACAGAUUGGGUAAAUCAACCAAAGCCUUGAAAUCACCAAUGACUAUUGCUAUUCAAAGAGCUGGAUGGGAAGGUGGUGCUCACUUGGUCAAUGCAUUCAUUGUUGCUGUUUGUGUUUCCGCCAUCAACUCAUCAAUCUACACUGGAUCAAGAGCAAUGGUGCACUUGGCAAACGAAAAAUGUGCGCCAGCUAUUUUGAAGAGAGUCAACAAGCAAGGUGUACCCUAUGCCGCAGUUAUCCUUAUGAAUUUGUUUGGAUUAAUUUCCUUGAUGAAUCAGAGCACAGGUGCAGCCAAAGCUUAUGGUUAUAUUGUCAACAUUUCCGGUGUUGCAGUGUUUAUCGUCUGGGGUAAUGUUUGUUUCUACCAAUUACGUUUCAGAACUGCCAUGAAGUUGCAAGGAAGAUCUACUGAUGAAUUGCCUUAUAAGGGGUUAUGGUACCCUAUUUUACCCAUUGCCGGUGUCGUUCUAAACAUUUUCUUGGCUUUGAUUCAAGGAUGGUCAUCGUUUAAGCCAUUUUCCGGAAAAGAUUUUGUUGAUGCUUACAUCUUGUUACCAGUGUUUUUCGUAUUUUUUAUUAGUUUCAAAUUGUGGCACAAAUCCAAGUGGGUCAACUUGAGUGAAGUCGAUUUGGAUGAGGGAAGAAGACAAGAUUCAGAUUUUGUUGAAGAUGGCGAAAAGGGUGUCGACAUUCCAAUUGGUGACGGCCACAAGAUCAAGUGGAAGCCAUGGGAAUUGUUUUAG